AUGUCCAAGUUCGCGCGCAAGGGGAAGCAGCCCGCGGGCUUCGAGUACCUCGAGCAGACUUUGGAGGUGCUCGAGAACGAGCUGCGGGACAAGAUCAACGAGCCCCACGAGGGCAAGCGGCGCACGGAGAGCAUCUGGCCCGUGCACCAGAUCAACUGGCAGCGGAGCCGCUACGUCUACGACAUGCACUACAAGUACGGCAAGGUCGACAAGAAGGUCCUCGACUACUGCGUCCGGAACAAGAUCGUCGACGGGUCGCUCAUCGCCAAGUGGAAGAAGGCGGGCUACGAGCGGCUCUGCUCGACCUACGUCAUCAACACGCGCAACUACAACUUCGGCACCGUGUCGAUCUGCCGCGUCCCUCCGCAGUCGCUCGGCGACGACCAGGUCGUCGAGUGCCCGACGACGGGCUGCCGGGGCUGCGCG